UGUUUAUAAUUUAGAAAACACCAGGUCUGGAUCCCCAGCGAUAGCAGAGAAAUGUCACACGCAUUCUGCUGUGCUGCACAGGUGCUGCGACGUACUGAGUAUAUAAACCAUCACACUUGGACACACCAAUUCACAGUGCGUGCUAGCUAGUUUGCCCAGGCUAAUAACCAGCAAUGUCGCUCCACCUCCUCCUCGCCGUCUCGCUCUGCGUCGCCUUGGCCUCGUCGUUGCCAUGGGCAGCAGCUAGUGCCAAUGGCAAUGGCAAUGGCAAGCCGCUUGUCGCGGCCAUCACCAAGGACGCGGCGACCUCGCUCUACACCGUCCCCAUCAAGGACGGCCGCCCGCUCGUCCUCGACCUCGCCGGCGCGCUCGUCUGGAUGUCGUGCGCCGCCGCGCACCCGACGCUGGAGUGCCACCACCACUUCUGCAUGCACGCGCACAGCUACCACCCGCCGGGAUGCCCCCACAAUGGCUAUGGCCGCGCCGACGUCGAGGACCCGUUCCGGUGCAAGUGCACCGCCCACCCGUACAACCCCUUCUCCGGCGAGUCGGCGACGGCCGACCUGACGCGGACGAGGCUGUCGGCGAACGCCACCGACGGCAAGAACCCGCUCUACCCGGUGUCGUUCGCCGCCGUCACCUCCUGCGCGCCGGAUUCCCUCCUCGCGAAGCUCCCCGCCGGCGCCGUCGGCGUCGCCGGGCUCGCGCGCACCAGGCUCGCGCUGCAGGCGCAGGUGGCGCGGUCGCAGAAGGUCGCCAACAAGUUCGCGCUCUGCCUCCCCAGCGGCGGCGGCGGCGACGGCGUGGCGAUCUUCGGCGGCGGCCCGCUCUUCCUCCUCCCGCCGGGGCGUCCCGACGUGGCGGCGACGCUCGCCGGCGAAACUCCCCUCCACCGCAACAAGGAUCUCCCCGGAUACUUCAUCUCGGCGACCAAGAUCGCCGUGAACCAGGAGCAGGUGCAGCUCUACACCCAAGAGCCGCUCGUCGUCGAGCUGUGCACGAGGAUCCCGUACACGGCGCUCCGGCCGGACGUGUACCGAGCGGUGGUCGACGCGUUCGCCAGGGCCACCGCCGGCCGGAAGCGCGUCACGCCGCCGCCGCCGCCGGCGGCGCCGUUCGAGCUGUGCUACGACUCGCGCGAUCUGGGGUCGACGCGGCUGGGCUACGCCGUGCCGCAGAUCGACCUGGUGCUGGAGGGCGGCAAGAACUGGACGGUGUUCGGCGGCAACUCGAUGGCGCAGGUGAGCGACAACACGGCGUGCCUCGCGGUGGUGAAGGUGAAGGGGGAGAAGGGCAGCCCGCCGCCGCCGGCGGCGAUCAUCGGAGGGUUCCAGAUGGAGAACAACCUGGUGGUGUUCGACGAGGAGAAGCAGCGGCUCGGAUUCAGCGGCCUGCUCUGGGGGAGGCAGACCACCUGCAGCAACUUCAACUUCACUCUCGCCGCCUAGAUCGAGUCGAUUCCUCGAGCUCAUAGCUUGCAUUUGCAUCGGAGAUGUGCAUGCAUUUUUUUUUGGCAUUAUUAUUAUUAUGAGUUGUGAUUUGUAACAAGUACAUUUCGAUGAAUAAUGGAGAAUACCACAGAUUUGUUAC